UUGUUUACCUACGAUUUUUAUUUCUAUCUAAUCAAGUAUUUAUGUAAGCAAAGUGAAACCAGUGAAACUAAAGUAGCUAAUAAGUUAUCUAUGUAAAAGUGUUCAUAUAUGUUACAAAAGCAUGGAAAUAUUAAAAUAAAAUUUCACAUUUCUGUUGUCUAUCUAAGUCUGUUGUGUACUUUGGACUGGCUGAUUGUGACUCGCGAUUCGGCAAAUCCAGUGUGUAAACUCGGUAUUGUGGUGUAAAUAUUGUUGUUUAAACUCGAUAUGUUCCUGUUGCGGAAACUUGAAGGUUUGCUGGUGCGGACCAAGCAGAAUUCAAGCCAGUUUUUGUCCACCUCCGGUACAAUGAGUAACCCAAUUGUGACCGUGAAAGAAGGCAAACUUAAAGGGGCUACUAAAAAAUUGCUAGAUGGGUCAACAUACUACAGUUUCAAAGGGAUCCCAUAUGCACAGCCUCCUAUUGGAAAAUUAAGGUUUAAGGCACCACUACCUCCUAAACCAUGGGAAGGAAUACACGAAGCCAUAGAGCAUGGAGCCGUUUGUCCUCAAGCAGACAUAACUACCAUGCAGUUAGUAGAAGGCAGCGAAAACUGUUUGUUCCUCAAUGUGUACUCCAAAUCGCUGCAGCCUGACGCCAAACAACCUGUCAUGGUAUUCAUACACGGUGGAGCCUACAUGUCUGGCUCUGGUGAUACAGACACCCUCGGACCAGAAUUCCUUAUACAACACGAUGUUAUAUUAGUCACGAUCAACUACAGGCUCGAAGUCUUAGGUUUCUUGUGUCUCGACACUGCAGAUGUACCUGGCAACGCCGGCAUGAAAGAUCAAGUGGCAGCUUUGCGGUGGGUCCAAAGUAAUAUCGCACAGUUCGGUGGAGACCCUAACAACGUUACUCUAUUCGGAGAAAGCGCUGGUUCCGCGUCCGUCACGCAACACAUGAUAUCUCCUAUGUCUAAGGGACUGUUUCAUAAAGCGAUUGCCCAAAGUGGCACCUGUUUGGAAGAUUGGUCAAUAGGCCGCAACGCUAAAGAGCGCGCAUUCCGCGCUGCUCGAUAUCUAGGAAAUGAAACGGAAAAUGUCGAUGAGCUGCUUGAGUUUCUUCAGGGCGAGCCGGCAACUAAUCUCGCCCACUUGACAAUGAAGACUAGAACGCCUGACGAAAAAUUCCGAGGACUGCCCAUACAUUUCACCCCAGUAGUUGAAAAGCCAUUCGACAAUGUAGAUCGCUUUUUAGACGAAGAGCCAAUCGAUAAAGUUCUCACUAAUAAAAUCCAUAAGGUCCCAUUGAUGAUCGGCUACGUGUCUCACGAGGGGCUGCUCAUGUUGGCUGAUCGGUUAAGAAAAGCGGACUUAUACAAUAAAGAAUCACAUUACUUAGUGCCUAGAGACAUAGCUACGAAAUUAUCUGACGAGAAAAGGAAAGAGUUUGGGGAGCGUAUUCUGCGUUUCUACACUGGUGACAAGGGAAUAUCGAGCGAGACCGCUGAAGCUAUUGUGGACAUGCAAACUGACUUGAACUUCGCCUACAAUACUCAUAGAUUCGCUCAUUACUACUCGGCGACUAACGAGCCAAUCUACCUCUACAGGUUUAGUUUUGAUACUGAACUCAAUUUCAUCAAGUCCAUCGCAGUCGGUCAGUCUCAGGUGGAUAUGAAAGGCGCGUGCCAUGCAGACGACUUAUUCUAUCUGUUUAACAAUGAAAUGAACAAAGAUUUCAUCGAAAAGAAGGAUUACUUGAAGAAAAUUGUUUUUGAUGUGACAAAACUGUGGACUGACUUUGCUAAAACUGGCAACCCAACUCCGGGCGACUCAUCGGUGCGGUGGGUGCCAUACACCAGGGCAGGCAAGGAGUUUCUGGACCUCAACCACUCCAUGACCCCGGGUCACAACCCCGAGGGACCCAGGAUCGACUUCUGGAACAAGUUAUACUGUGACGCCGGCUUGCCUUGCAUCACCAAGAGUACUUUGUGAAGGUACUAUUUGCUCUUAUGUAUUUAGAAAGUAUAUAGAGUAUUUAGUAUUUAGAGAUACAAUAUGUAAAAAGUACGUACUUAAUUUGAUUGUGAUAAUAUUAAUGAUGCUCUCGUUGACUAUUCCAGCAAAGUUAAAUUGUUUAUUAGGAAUGAGUUAACAGUGUAGUGGUUAAGAGUGAUCGAACUACCGAAACUUGAAUUGGUAGUACAACAUGGAAACUGUUGGGCUAUUAAAGAUAUUAAACUGUUUAUUGUACAGUGCAAUUCAGUGCAUACUACGCCGAGAAGAACACAAGUUUAUGUGAAGUUUGUGAAGACAUUAUGCAUAUUAGUUAACCCACUUGUUACGGAGUUCACUUUUUCUAUCACUUACCUUAAAUCAGUCAUCUUUCAAAUGUUGCACAUAAAA